GCUUAAACAUUCAUAGGUUCUCUCUGAGCCUUUCAGUUUUCCAUCUUCCAUUAAUUAUGGCCUAUGAACAGAUCCCUUACCCGUUGGAGCCAAGCUACAAUGAAAAACCUCUUGACUGUAGCUUGGAAACUGUAUUUUCUUUCCAAACAGAAGAUCCCAUCUGCCCAAAAACCAUCCAGGAUGGUAUUUUCCAUGACCAGGACAUGGAAAGACUGUUCCAAGUAGAGGAUGGACUCCUGGACUUCAAUUCCAUCCAUGGAGAUCACAUAAUGGGUCUUGAAAGAGCAGAAGAAACUAAAAUGGGGUAUGAUGCCAGCCAAGAAGCACCAGAACAAGUGGAUUUUUGGCAGAUGAGAGUUCCCAUUUGAAUGGAAUUCAAGAAGAGUUGAUGGAAGACUGCGGCUUAGCUGAUCUCUUACUAGCAGGAGCAGAAGCUGUUGAAGCACAAAACUGGCCACUUGCUUCAAGCAUAAUUCUGAAGCUUAACGAUCUCCUUUUACAUCAAGCAAAAGGGGACAACCAAUUUAACAGAUUGGCUUUGUUUUUCACUCAAGGCCUGUAUUACAGAAGUAUCAGCGCUCCUGAAAUGCCGCUGCAGAAGCCUGUUUCUAGGCAGGCAAAUACCAUGUCUGCCUUUCAGAUGCUCCAAGAGCUCUCCCCAUAUGUGAAAUUUGCACAUUUCACAGCCAAUCAAGCAAUCCUCGAGGCAGCAGAAGGCGGCCAAGAGGUUCAUGUCAUUGACUUCGACAUCAUGGAGGGGAUACAGUGGCCUCCAUUGAUGGUUGAUCUUGCAGUGAAGAAAGAUGUUUCUCUUAGAAUAACAUCAAUCCUCUCAGACCAGGAAAAUGUGGACAUCAUUCAACAGACAGGAAGAAGACUCAAAGAGUUUGCAGAAUCCAUCAGUCUCUCGUUCACGUUUGAUCAAAUGGUGAUUCUGAGAGAAGAAGAUUUUGACAGAAUUGAAGUGGGUGACACACUAAUAGCCAACUGUAUGAUCCACCAGCUCUACAUGCCCAACAGAAGUUUAUCAGUUAUCAAAACUUUCUUGGGAGGUGUGAGUAAACUAUCCCCCAAGAUUGUUGUUUUAGUAGAAGAAGACUUGUUUAAUUUCUCUAAAAUCCCAACCAUGUCCUUUGUAGAGUUCUUCUGUGAGGCCCUUCACCACUACGCUGCUUUCUCUGAUUCACUCAUGAGCAGUUUCUCUGGUAUAUACAAAGUGGGACUAAGAUUGAUAGAGGAGGAGUUCUUAAGAAAUGGGAUUUGGAAUAGUCUGAGGCAGUUCCCUUGUGAGAAGAAAGAGAAGAGCUUGUGGGAAGAUGGGUUUGCUUCAUUGAAGAGGUUUAAGCCAAUUCCACUAAGUUCAUGCAAUGUUGCUCAAGCCAAGUUCUUAGUUGGUCUCUUCAGUGGGGAAUACUGGGUGAAACAUGAGAACUGCAGGUUGGCCUUGUGUUGGAAAUCAAGGCCUUUGACAACGGCUUCCAUAUGGAUGCAUGCCCAUUUCAAAAAAUGAUCAAAUCUGAACCUAUCUUCCUAGUUGUUUCUUCAUAGUCAUAGAUCUGAAAAGGCUUCAGUCAUGAAUGAAUCAUGGCUGGCUUGGGCCAAAUGGGGGUUUAUUAUUAUGUAGUGUAAAUACUAAAUACUGAGAGUGUUUCCAGAUUUGGACAUGGAGUAUUAGAUAAGAAAGAAUUUGUGUGUUUUCA